UCUAGUGACGAUGGUGUGGACGGUUGGUCUCAGUAAGCUGGUGUUAGGGGUCUAUGGAUUCACACUGAUCACAGGCCUUCCCGCCAACUUCUUGGCUUUCUACACCUUCUUUCAGAAGAUUCGCCAGCGCUGCACCCCAAUAGACGUGCUGCUAUUCAGUUUAACCAUCUCUGACCUGAUCUUCCUCUUUUUCCUGCCGUUUCGCAUGGUGGAGGCGGCCAACAUGAAAUGGACGCUGCCUUACUUCCUCUGCCCGCUGUCGGGAUUCAUCUUCUACUCGGUCAUCGCCAACAGCGUCCUUCACCUGACGGCCAUCAGCGUGGAGCGCUACCUGGCUGUAGCUUUCCCCAUUAAAUACAAGCUCAAACGUAAUCCAAGAAGUGCCGUGAUAGUCUGCGUCCUAUUCUCGGUGGUGUCAAUGGUGCAUUGUAGUAUCGUCUACAUCAUGCAAUACCACAACUAUUUUAAGCCCAACAUCACUGAUCCAUCCAAACGUAACUCCUGUUAUGAAGAAUUCACUGCCGAACAACUCGAGAUCCUCCUGCCGUUUCGUCUGGAGCUUUCUGUUGUCUUCUUCUGCAUCCCAUUCCUCAUCUGCUGCUUCUGCUACAUCCAGUGCAUCUGCAUACUUUCCCGUCUAUCCAGCGUCAAUGCCAAGAAGCGGUAUAGAGCCAUCGGGAUGGCGUUGGGCACGCUUCUGGUCUUUGUUAUCUGUUUCAUGCCCUUCAACAUCUCACACGUGGAGGGAUUCGUAAAUGGCUACAGCUCUGAGUGGAGACAACCUGCUUUACUCACCAGCACGCUGAAUGCAUGCCUCGACCCUUUCAUAUUCUACUUCUCUUCUUCCGCACUCAGAGAGACUUUCAAGAACGCGUUGCAGGGGCUGGUGAGGCGUUUGCUCCUUCCUUGCUGCCGCUCGGCUCUCUGCCGCCCUUUAUUUAACCGUGGGAAACCAGAGGAGCGAACACAAAGCUCUGGUGACGGCAUCCGCUAACAAUUUCAAGCCAGUUUUUGAAUUGAAUAAUCUGCCAACGUAUGCAUCAUCAGUGCUUAUCAUUCAGUCCAAAGCCAAUUAAUAUAAUUCAGAUGCACCACCAUAACCCAAUGCCUUACGAACAGACAGAAGUGGAGAAGCUUAAAAAUGGUUCCAGAAUAAAAAUCAAGCAUGCACAUGCUGAUUGCAUGACUAUUUAACCUAAAUCUUUGCAGCAGCGGUUUCGUUCACAAUGAAAUGAAGAGCUCGAGUGAACAAAUUACAGUGCAAAACGCAAUUGCGUCUGAAC